AUGGCUCGACAUUGGAGAAAUUCUUGCGGUUUUUCUUUUUUUCCCUCCCCAUAAUGAUAAGAAUCGAUCCUUGGAAAUGCACGUGAAAUUCGAAAAAAUGAAUAGAAUUGGAAUAUAAGGUCACAAAUUCUUUGUUGCCACCAUAGACUUCCCACAACUCCACGAGGAAAAAACAAACGCAAUCCGAAAAUUUGGAGAAAUGCAAAAGAACUUUUCUGUUUUUCAAAUAAGAAAUAAAUGGCUUAGAACAGAAAUAGAUGUUCUUCUCAGAUCCAUAGAAACUCUGAUGAUAAACGGCUCAAAAAGAAUCCUCGUAAAUGAAAGAAUUGUUUUGCAAGGAAGUGGAUGGGAGAGUUUCGAAAUUAGUUAUUUGAAAAAAAUCUCCGAUAAUCCUAAAAAAAAAAAAAGAAAUGUCAGACUUGUACUCAAGUAGGAAAGGAGGAUGAAUAAUAAAUAUCUGAGGCCAGAGACGAAGUUGUGAAAUAAAAGAUGAGAAAUCCUAAAAUAUCUGGAGAAUCCUAAAAAAGGGGCAGAGACGGAAGCGAGCGGGGUGCCCGGACGGCUGUUGGCGGCUAGAAUGAGCGAGAAGGCUGCAGUCGCCACGCCCCUCUUCCCUCCGCCGUCUUCCUAUUGGUCGGAGCGAAUGAUGACAAACGGUCUUGAACGGAAGACGCCGACGCGUUUCGGAAGCGAGGCGUGCUCGAGGCGAAAAGAGGGGGAUACCAGUCGUUUUCGACGCGAAACCGCUGUUUCAAAUCAAAUGUAUAACUAA